AUGGCCUCUACCAUCCUAGAGACGACAAAGACGACAGCGAACUGCAUCCUGCAGCUGGCCUCACUGAUAGCCAAGUAUAUGGUGAGGAUGCAAAUCACAGAGCAGUUUGAUCCUAUUAGACAUCUUGGUAAAGGCUCCUAUGGAAAUGUCCUGCUUGCUGCACACAAGGAAUCAGGUAAAACUGUGGCCCUAAAAAUGCUGGCAAAGAAUAUGAACAGAGGAGAAAACUUCCUGAUGGAAUUUGCUACAUCUCUGUGCCUCACCUCACAUCCACAUAUCAUUGGGACCUAUGCUGUGGCCUUCGAUACAAUCAGUCACUUUGUGUUUGUUCAAGAAGUAGCGACGGCUGGAAGCCUCUUGUCCAUCAUACGCCCCAAGUUUGGUUUAGAGGAGGAAAUAGUGAAGCGAUGUGUGCUACAACUUGCUAGCGCUCUCCAGUUCAUGCACGACAAAGGAUUUGUUCAUCGGGAUAUAAAACCAGACAACAUUCUGCUAAUGGACAGGGAAUGCCACUGUAUUAAGUUGGCAGAUUUUGGACUGACCCAGCUCCAGGGAACUAAUGUACCAUCUAUGUCUAGGGUCAUACCCUACAUGGCUCCAGAGCUUUGUAUCCUUGGACAAAACUGGGGGUUAUUAUUACACCCCAGCCUGGAUGUGUGGGCAUUUGGGGUAUUAAUAUAUAUUGCCCUUACUGGUUCCUUGCCUUGGUAUGGUGCUGUGGCUUGUGAUGACAAAUACAGAACCUUUGUGCUGUGGCAAAAUAAGAAAACCCCACAAGUACCCACUGAAUGGCAAAUGUUUACUCCUGAAGCCAGACAAGUCUUCUGCAGAAUGUUAUCACUAAAUCCCAUGGAGAGGUGCUCUGCGUGGGAAGUUUCAGCAUAUGUGCACUUGCCAUGGAAGGUUCCCUCACAAAGCAUUUCAGGCAUUUCUACUGAUACCAACUGA